GUCGCGGUGAGUGUUGCCGUCAUGUCUGGCCGUGGCAAACAAGGAGGCAAGGCCCGCGCCAAGGCCAAGUCGCGCUCGUCCCGCGCCGGCCUGCAGUUCCCGGUGGGCCGAGUGCACCGCCUGCUGCGCAAGGGCAACUACGCCGAGCGGGUGGGGGCCGGCGCGCCGGUCUACAUGGCGGCGGUGCUGGAGUAUCUGACGGCGGAAAUCCUGGAGCUGGCGGGGAACGCGGCCCGCGACAACAAGAAGACGCGCAUCAUCCCCCGCCACCUGCAGCUGGCCAUCCGCAACGACGAGGAAUUGAACAAGCUGUUGGGCAAAGUCACCAUCGCCCAGGGCGGCGUGCUGCCCAACAUCCAGGCCGUGUUGCUCCCCAAGAAGACGGAGAGCCCACAAGGCAAAGGGCAAGUGAGGCCGGCGUCCGGAAGCUCAGCCAGCCCUGGCGGCAAAGGGGUACCUGUGAAAUCAAAGGCUCUUUUAAGAGCCACCCACCCUUUCAAAUAAAGAGUUGUUCACAGUA